UUUUAUUUUAUUUUUCUUUUUUUUUUUUUUUUUUCCUGUCUUUCCGUUGUCUUCUUUCAAACCAAAAGGAAUUCUCGUCAUGGAUGUCUCUGAUUAUUGUCCUGCAUAUGCUUCCUUCUUUGGAUUUGCUGGUGUAUUUUCUGCUAUGGCGUUCAGUACACUAGGCGCUGCAUACGGUACCUUCAAAGCUGGUAUUGGUAUUGCUGGUAUUGGUCCUUUCCGUCCUGAACUUGUUAUGAAGUCAUUGAUUCCAGUUGUUAUGAGUGGUAUCAUUGCUGUCUAUGGUUUAGUGGUGGCUGUUUUACUAUCGGGUCAACUCUCUCCUACUGCUGGAUAUUCAUUAUUCUCUGGAUUUAUUGCUCUUGCCGCUGGUCUAUCUGUUGGUAUGGGUGGUUUGGCAGCAGGGUACGCCAUUGGUAUAGUGGGUGAUUAUUGUGUUCGUGGUUAUGCUAGAGAAAGUCGAUUAUUUGUCACUAUGGUUCUCAUUCUUAUUUUCGCUGAAGUGCUUGGUCUUUAUGGAUUAAUUGUAGCUUUGAUUCUUAAUGCAAAGGCUGACAAUGGUAUUUGUGGAUAAUUCUCUCUCUUUUUUUUUUGUCUUUUUAGUUUAGGUUAGUUUAACUUUAUUUCAUUCUUGCCAUCACCCUAUGUUUCUCAUCUAUACACAUACACGCUAUCACAUAAAUACACGCGCAGAAAACAUUCACAUACACUUUUUUUUUAUUUGUCAAUAGGACUUGUCACUUCACAUCCAAUAAAGUAUACUAUAUUUUUUGAAUGAUACCAAAA